UGUUUCAGUGUUAGUAAACCCUUGUGGUGUGUUCAGAACAUGUUCCGCCGUUCGUUGACCGUUUCCUAUUCGCCGUUCCGGAACAAUUAUGUCACGCUACCGGACAGCUACUAUCGAAUGCUUUCAAGCUACAAAAACGGGUGUCUCUGCUUGACGCAUCACAUCGACACGUUCUACGUGUCGUGGGCACCGUAUGGGGGUGGAGGAUUGCAGGAUAACCACAUCGGCAUAAACGCGCAAGUAGCCAAAUCGAUGGGUCUGAAGGAAGGUGAUGCCGUUAUGGUGGCGAUGAUCAUCGAUGUUCGAUCGUUAAAACGGGUGGAAGUGAGCGCGGUGAGCGAGAAGGAUUGGGAAAUGUUGCAAAUCAGCAGCAGCCGUAUCCAAUCAAUCCUGCUCGAUCAAACGAGGAUCGUAACAAAGGGACAGAAUUUGAUCGUGUGGAUAAAUGAUUCCAUCAGCAUCAAGAUCAAAAUAAAAUUUACGAUCCCCGCUCUGCCCUUUGGUAGGUUGGAAAAUGAUACAGAGCUAGUGGUGGAACCGUUCAAAAAGCUCGGUGGGCUUAAAAGCACCCUACCGGAAAUUCCAAAACUAGCGCGCAGUAACACAAAUUUGAACAUCGCGGAACUCGUGCGACUGCGUAACAUGGAGCGAAAAAAGUCCAGCGAAUAUAUAAGCGCGUUAGAAAAUGGGUUGUCCGCGAGUACAAUUGCAAGCCCACCGGCUACGGAAGAGACGAGAAUUGUCCCUUCGGCUGACAGCCUAAAAAGACGACCCAUUUCCUGGCAGCGAACAUCCAGUGUUAAUAAGGAAAAUGGUGUUGUGGCAGCGGGAAACACUUUGAAGAACAACGCACUGCAACGCUCAUCAACUAGUGGCAGCAAUUCAUCGUCCGGAUCUAUUGCGACAAUGAACGCACAAACGGCUGUUCGGAAUUCAUCCUUUGAAAAGGAUCUUGAACGUCAUUUGAAUCGGCUGCAAACGAGCAAAUCGAUGGCAAACUUUAUGGCGUACGAUUCAACAUCGACGUCCCAGCCGGAAAGUCCCAUCAUGAGUCCGAAGCGGGAUCCGCGCAAAACGGUCCAUUUGGAUGGUUUGAUCGAAACACUUGGGCAGAAUGUGGCGAAGCUGUACGAAUUCCGCGUGAUUCGUGGUGUGUGGAAUUGCCGGCGUAACAUGAUACAGAUUUGUGACAUACUCACGUCGAAGGAAAAUGUCCCUAAAACGAUGGACAUCAACAAACCGUUCCUGCUAACGACGAACGAUAACCGUGAGUACUACGUAAAUGUACGUCUCGCAACGGAAACUGAACGAUUUCCAAGGAACGCUUAUCCAACGGUCGAGAUAAACGAUCGUCUGAUGGAGCAGUUGGAAAUUAAUCAGGGUGAGAAAAUCACUCUCAAGCCGAUACACAACGCACUGAACAUAGUGGAUCGUAUUGAUUUACUACCGGCCACAAAAGUAGCAACGAUGAUUGAAGAAGAUAUUGCAGAAAAGUUUAAACAGUUUGUCCUACACAACUCCAAGAUACAUGCACUGUUGCUUAACCAGGAUCAGCUAUUUAAGCUGCCGGAAUACUACGUUACAAUUAAGCUGCAACCACAAUCGUUGAAGUACUGUUUGAUUAACAGUACGAUACUACGACACAGCAAAAUCAGCUGCAUUGGUGAGGUGAAACCGGUGGCUGGGUUGUCUGAUGGAGAUGCGAGCAAAAAGAAACCUCCCGCGAUUAAGGAGCCGGAACCGGUCGAGCAGUCUAAGAUUGUGAAGAUAGAAAAAAUCGAACGGAUUAUCGAAGAGUGUACGGAUCGGUUAAAGUACGCACUGUGCUUAGAUUCACGCAAUAAUGUACCGCUGCAGUGUAAUAUGUUUAUCGCAGGUUCCUCUCAGAGUGGAAGGAAAACUGUGUGUGAAGACAUACUCAAACGUCUAGCAGAAUCACCGUUCUACUGUUUCUCAACCACUUUCGACUGUGCCAAACACAAAGGACGCAAACCAGAUUCGAUCCAGAAGGACCUGCGUCAUGCACUGUACCUAUGUAUGUUCCACAGUCCGGCGGUCCUAUUCAUGGAUGGAUUGGAUGUUUUGACGCAUCAGCCAGGCGAUCAGAACACGCCCGAUGCUGAAUAUCACAAUAAAGUUUCGGACGUGAUUCGCAAACAAAUCGAAGAGUUUACCAGCAACAAUCCUAUCGCUGUGAUUGCUUCAAUUAGCAGCACGUCCAGCCUAAACCGUCGGCUUCAUUCUUCCCGAGGGUAUCAUCUGUUUCAGCAGCAUGUCAAGAUACCGAACCUCGAUAAGCCUGACCGGGAAGGUGCGCUGAAAAGCUUGUUCGUGCAUCGACAGUGCAAGCUUGACCGGCGUAUCGAUUGGAAGCGACUCGCGAACCAAACGGAAGGGUACGCCAUUGGUAGCCUGGUACAGCUGGUUGAUCGGGCAGUGUUUUACGCGCACAAGCAGGACAGUAAGUUCCCAUUCGUCACGGAAGAAAUGGUUGCCAAUGCGCUGGACGUAACAAAUCAGUACUGUUUGGCGGGUAUCGAAAAUCACAAACAAUCCAACCGGAUGGACGAUAAUGGUGAUGAUGAGGAUGAUGAUAUUGCGGGCGAUAAAAUACCGGGUCUGGAAGGUGCGAUCGAAGUCUUUCAGGAGGUGCUUAUGUGGCCGACAAGGUUUCCGAAAAUAUUUGAAGCGUCACCGCUUCGUAAUCAGGCGGGAAUUUUACUGUUCGGACCACCGGGAACUGGCAAAACGUACCUUGUAUCAAAGUUGGCCAAAACGUGGAACUUACGAAUGAUCUCCGUGAAAGGACCGGAACUGCUAGCGAAGUACAUCGGGCAAAGCGAGGAAAACGUGCGCAAUUUAUUCGAUCGAGCCAGAAGCGCUAAGCCUUGCGUGCUGUUUUUCGAUGAAUUUGAUAGCUUAGCACCACGACGAGGACACGAUUCGACCGGUGUUACUGAUCGUGUCGUAAAUCAGCUGCUUACGGAGCUGGAUGGUGUGGAAGGAUUGCAGGGCGUAACUGUGAUAGGAGCAACUUCCCGACCCGAACUGCUCGAUCCAGCACUGCUACGUUCGGGACGCAUUGAUCGGCUGGUUGAGUGUGCUCUACCGGGGGUGACUGCUCGUUUGGAGAUAUUUGUCAACCAUAGCAGGUCGCUUUCCCUUGAUAAGGAUGUCGAUCUGCGAGAGUUUGCAGUGAAAUCGGAGUACUAUACAGGAGCGGACAUUAGAAGCAUUUUAACUACUGCAAACAUGUUAGCCGUUCAGGAAUGUCUUAGCAUAGACCGGGAGAAAGUCCCAGCACAGAUAACGAUUAGCCAGCGGCAUCUAGUGGAAGCGUUUAGCAGCACGAGACCGUCACUGACAGCACGGGAUGUUGCAAAGUACAGGGAUACUUACGCCCGGUUCACUAACAAAGAACCUCCUUCGCGGGACUUUGUUGCCAAGCGUGCUACAUUAGCAUAAAAGCAUU